GGCGCUAAAAGGCUAUGUGCUCCGCUAACUGCUUCCGGUUACGUAAUGGCGUCUUUCUAAAAGGGCUAACAUUUACAACACGCAGUUGCACGAAGUGCGAGCUUCGAAUCGGUCUUAAAACGCUUCUUGAAAAUUCUUGAUCAUUUAUUUGGAAAAGACCUGCCCAGAGGACAGAUGCCUGUAGCUGUUGGGCCAUACGGACAGACACAGCCAAACUGUUUUGACAGGGUUAAAAUGGGCUUCAUGAUGGGCUUUGCGGUUGGAAUGGCAGCUGGCGCCAUGUUUGGAACCUUCUCCUGUCUACGAAUUGGGAUGAGAGGUCGUGAACUGAUGAGUGGAGUGGGAAAGACCAUGAUGCAAAGUGGGGGUACAUUUGGGACCUUCAUGGCCAUUGGCAUGGGCAUUCGCUGCUGACUGCACUGUUCACUUGAUUCUAAAUCUUUUUCAUAUAUUUGCAAUGCUAGAAAACAGUAUGUUCAUAAAAUUGUAAUUUUAAAGCAAUAAAGUUGUAAAACAAA